CGAAACGCGUAAAAGAGCGCAGCGCCGGUGGAGACGGUCGGCUUGGAAAGGUACCGCGUUCACUCCAAUAGUCGCUUUUUUGAGCUAAAUAAUUCCAAAUAAUCCGUGUUGUUGUGCUCGUAUUGUUUGAAUGGAGUGAUGUCCACAGAAGAUGGCACACAUUGCGAUGGGACGCGGCGCGUUUUGCUGACAGGACUCGGCGACCAGGAGCUGAUUGGAAAUCUCUCCUGAUCGAUUUCAAAUCAUGUGUGUUCGCUAUUGACGGAAUGUGAGUUGUUUCCGAGAUCCAUACAGGCUUAAAAAAAAAUUCUUUCAGGGCACUCAGUUCAUGCUCGGGUUGCCAUAGCAUCACAUUAAUAUUUCCCUCUUCAUUAUCGGCCUGUUGAGGAGCUGCGUGUAACAAUACUUUCACAUUGUAGACCAUGUAUUCGUAUUUUAACACGAUCCCGCAGCUGAGGUUGGGUUAAAGGAGUUCACAUAGUUGAUUUUAAGCCGCUUUAAAAACGAACUGAGACCAGGAGCCAAACACAGUCAUGGCUAAAAAUCCGUCCGAGGGGCCGAAGGAUGACCUGAGCCAGCUGACGGACGAGGAGCUCCUGCGCUGCAGCAAAGACGAGCUGCUCAGGAAAUUAAGGAGGGUUGACAGCGACAAAAUGAACUUGAUGAUCGAGCAUGGCAACAUGAUGAAAGACAUCAACAGGAGGCUGCAGGUGCAUCUGCACGAAAUCCGGAGUCUGAAGGAGAUCAACCAGAAGCUGCAGGAUGACAACCAUGAGCUCCGGGAGCUCUGCUGCUUCCUGGACGAUGACCGGCAGAAGGGCAAGAAGCUGUCCCGGGAGUGGCAACGCUUCGGCCGCUACACUGCCAGCGCCAUGUGGAAGGAGGUGGGCACCUAUAUGAUGAAGCUGAAGGAGCUGGAGGCCAACCAGGAGACGGUGCUGAGGGAGAACUCUGAACUGAAGGAGAUCAUCCUGAUGCUGGAUGAGGAGAGGAACGGGGCAGGAUCCAGGAGCUCCAUAGACAGUCAGUCCAGCCUGACCAACCUGAAUGGGGGCACCAGCACGGUCAGGGAUGUUGGAGACGGGAGUAGCACAUCCAGCACAGGUAGCGCCGGGAGCCCGGACCACCACAAUCACAACCACAUACACAAGCCCUCGGAGAACAGUAAGAUGGGUCCCACCAUGAGGAGGUCCAUGGAUGACCUGUCAGCGCCGCACCACCACAGGAGCAUCCCCAACGGACUCAAUGAUUCCUCCUCCAACUACAUCAGGCAGCUGGAGACGAAAGUGAGGAUACUGGAAGACGACAACAAUAAGCUCCUCUCGCAGGCUUAUAGCCGGUAUAGCUUAUCACAAAUACAGACGAGAAAGCAGUGUAACCCAGGUGACCUUCGUGCCCUGAGGAAGGGAAUGACUCUGUACCACUCAGAGUCCCAGCUGUCCUCACUGCCACAGCGCCAGGAAGCCAUGCACAUGGGUUCAGGCCGUCUACCGACCAGCGAGUCCUCUCCUGCCACAGGAUACCUGUCCUGUGUCCAGAAGCCUGAGGCAGUGGUGCACGCCAUGAAGGUGCUGGAGGUCCACGAGAACUUGGACAAGCAGGUUCCUGAAGACUACGAGGACGAUCUCAGUGAGAAGGAGAAGGCCAUCGUGCGAGAGAUGUGCAACGUGGUGUGGAGAAAACUGGGUGAUGCAGCAGGAUCAAAGCUGUCCAUCAGGCAGCACCUCUCUGGGAACCAGUUCAAAGGGCCGCUGUAGCCUAGCAACCGGCGGGGAUCUCCACUCACCUGAACAACUCCACCUGUGCCCCUCCAUGCCGUGCUCCUUACUGCCUACAUCACCCAGCAUUCCUUCAGCGAUCACACUCAGACCGGCGACACGGAUCGGACCAUGUCAGUCUGUCGUCCACAACUUUUUAUCUCUCAGAGCUUCUGUUUGACAACCGGCAGCUAGUUUCACUGAUUCACCACUCAUCAUCGAUUCGGAGGCUUUCGAAUCCCCUCUGUGCUUCUGUAGAGCACUGCUGUGCUACAAUAAGGUUCCAAGCACAGAGCUGAUCAGGCCGCGGGGGGCGGACGUCAAGGACACUAUCUUCAGAUAUAGUACCUCCUGUAGAGACCCCCAGCUCCCCUUCACAUGUAUCGCUCCCCCCCUCUAGUGGUCGACGAGUAUAACUAGCAUUAGCAUUCUAAAAAUGUUAACUACCCACUGUGACCUAGCGCCUUCUUUUGCUCGUAAGACAAGUCUAUGGAUAAUAAAGUCUAGAGAUCACUGUUAACUUGUGUAUAUUAUGUAUAAAAACCAUAGCACUACUUCAUUGUUGAUUUUUGUAUUCUAGCGUGGCCAUGUGAUCAAUAAUUCAGUUUUAAAAAGCACACAAACAAACAACCGGACCUUAAACAGGGUUUGCUUUUGGUAAUAAUUACUUUUUUUCUAUUCUUCUUCUUUUCCAACAUGAAUUCCUAUUAUUCCUUCUAAAAAUGUUAUUGAGACCGUUCUUGAUUCUCUAUUUGGACUGAUCUUUUUUUUUCUUACUUUAUGAAACUAAAAUAAAUUGUAUGCUGUGUGCAUGCUUGACAAUCAUUUUCUCAGGUCGGGAGGGCUACAGCUUUACCUUUUGCCCGUCUGUGAGUGCGUUUGCGUGCAUGAGUGUGUGGAUGGAGGCUGAAUGUUCUCUUCCAGCUGUAGCAUCUGCCUGUGAAUCCUCUUUCUUUGGCUAUUUGAACCCUGGUUACAACACGGUUGAAGACUGCUGAAGACAUUUUCUGAAUCCAUAAAUAAAAUAUUGGAUGAUAAAAGUGGUGGAUUCAGCAGGUGUGUUCACGCAGUGCAUGUUUCUUUCUUUCUUAGAAUACGAGAGGUUAAGUCUUCCCUUUUUGAUGUCUUCAUACCAUGAAACACAUUUUAAAACGAGUAUUUCUUGAUGUCAGCGUAUUUAUUGCCAGGUGUUGAAGAUAGAGAUGGGAGCGCAGACAGUAACUGAACAGUCACAUUUCUGAAUUUGUCAGAUUUACUGUGAGAAAUGUUAAAAGUUAUCUGACGGAUUUGUGGAGUGACUGACAGCUCCGGCUCUCCCAUCUCUAGUGUUAUUUGUUCCAAAUUAGAACAUUUCUGAGGCUGCCCGACAGGCGCCCCUGUUCUCUCAAAUAAUGGGUCAAAAAAUACAAAAAACUAAUCAAAGUCUGAUUUUGGAAGUGUCCUUUUUUCUAGGAACUGAUUUGAAGCCAUGCUACAAUUUUGAAUACUUUAUAUAUAAAUAUAAAUAUAUGGCAUUUGAUUUGAGAUGUGCCACAGUUCUUUUCUUCAUCGUGUUUUGAUUUGGAACCCGAAUGUCUUUUUUUUUUUUUUUUU